AUGCCAUCAACCAGAAAACAAACUAAUUCAUUCUUUGAAUUGUUUCAAAGGCAAAAGAAAAAUAUAGUCGUUAACAAAGAGAACGGUAAUAUAGUCAUGGCAGAAGUUCCACAACCCUGUCUAUCAAUCAAAGAUAAAGAUAAUAUAAUUAUAGAAACCACUUCUUCGUUAAAAAGUGGAUUUGAAACAGAACUGGAAUCUGUAACAGACAGUUCCACCUUAACAUCAUCAUCAUUGGCAUCUGCAACAAUAUCUAAUAUAGAAAAACAAGAUACUAUUGAUUUUACAAAUAUAGAAUAUCCAGAAGGUGGACUACGUUCUUGGCUAGUAGUUUUGGGUUGUUUCUGUGGUCUUUUCACAUGUCUAGGUCUAUUGAAUGCCAUAGGUAUAGUGGAGACAUAUAUUCAAGAAAAUCAAUUAUCAAAUGAAUCAUCCUCUUCUAUCGGUUGGAUUUUCUCACUUCUAUUAUUUGUCAACUUCAGUUCAUGUAUCUUUAGUGGGACAUAUUUCGAUAGAAAUGGGUUUAAAAUCCCAGUCAUUGUAGGUACUAUAUUACACGUUUGUGGAUUAGUUGCCAUGGCUAAUUCUACAAAACUCUGGCAAUUCAUUUUAAGCCUUUCAAUUGCAGUUGGUUUGGGUAAUGGGUUUAUCAUGUCUCCUUUAAUUAGUGCACCAAGCCAUUAUUUUAAUAAAAGACGUGGGCUGGCUACUGCAUUAGCUACAUUAGGUGGAUCCAUUGGUGGGGUUAUCUUACCAAUCAUGUUGAAACAUUUUUUCCGAUUGAAAAAUUCUUCCUCAAAGCAUUAUGGAUUUAUCUGGGGAAUAAGAGUUUGGGCAUUUAUGGAUUUAGGUUUAUUAAUAGUGGCACUUUUCUUAGCAAAAGAAAGAUUCACUGCUCCCAUUGCACCUUUGGAUGAUAAUGAUACAAAAUUUAAAAGAACUAUUAGAAUUUAUUUCUUAGAAAGUUUUGAUAUUAAAGCAUUUAAAGAUAUGAGAUACUUGUUUUGUGUAUUAGGAACUACUUUUGGUGAAGUGGCUUUAAAUACUGCGGUUACCUACUAUGGCGCAUAUGCUACAAAUAGAAAUAUUUCUAAUUCAGAUGCAUUAAUGCUAAUUAUGGUCUUGAAUAUCUUAAGUAUUCCAGGAAGAUGGCUGCCAGGUUAUAUAAGUGAUUUGUAUGGUAGAUUCAAUAUGGCCAUUCUUACUAUGUCAUGCUUAACUAUCCUAAUGUUUGUCGGUUGGGUUCCAUUCGGUACUAAUUUAACCAAUUUAUAUGUAAUUAGUGCAUUUUUUGGGUUUUGUUCAGGUUCCGUUUAUUCAUUAUUACCUGUCUGCUGUGGUCAAAUCUCGAAGAUUGAAGAAUUUGGUAAACGUUACUCAAGCAUGUACUUUGUUGUGGCUUUUGCAAAUUUAAUUGCAGUACCAAUCACAGGGGCCAUCAUUGGUAACGGUUCAAAUACAACUUAUAGAAAUUUUGUCAUAUUUUGUGGCUCGAUGGCUUUUGCUUCUGCUACAAGUUUUGUUAUUUCAAGAUACUAUUGUAUUGGUAUGAAAUUUAAAAAGUUUUAA